ACUCUCUCCAUGUUUGUUUAUUGACAUGUGAUCCUUUGUUCCUUGGUAAAACAGCAAGUAAAAAUCAAUAGAAAAGCCUUACACAAUACUGAGAAAUGUCCCCAAAGUCCAGUGGAGCAGCAUUUUCUCCCCCCUUCUCUCUCCUCCUCCCCUCGUCUCCCUCUCUGUCCCCCUCCCUCUCUCCUCUGUUUCGUCUAUAAGCCGACCUCUACUGUAUCUACCCCUGGCAUCACACUGCAGAGCUGUGAGGAAAGCUCAAACUGCAUCAGACAAGGUGAGAGUGAUUUAUGUCCUGUGAUUUACUGGAUGUGUUCAAAAUUUGGAGUGUGCUUUGGUGCACAAUGAUUUUCUUUGAGCCUCAAUGGAUUAUUUGUUUUAACACUGGAGUCAGCACUAGAGCAAAUAUUUGAAUGAAGGCGAGAGUGGGUUUGCAUCAAGCAAACCAAACAGAGGUGAGCAGCUUUAUGUGCUUUCUUUACAUAUUGAACACAAGACGGCAAACAAUCUGCUCGUGUUCUCCAGGGAGAUUAAGGGCAGAAAUGUGUCAAUGUUGGCAAUUCACCAGAGAAGUUUGCAGUUUAUGUCUUUGAGGCUGUAUUGUUGUCUAGUAUAAUGGUACGGUGGCUUUUCUCCAGUAACCUCUGAGGGUUUGCAAUGAGCUGCAGAAGUGUGGUAUUCAUGUCUUUGAAAUCUGAGCCUGCUCUUUACAGCAGUGUCAGCUUUAUUUGAUUCAAACCUCAAUAUUGUAAAGACGUGAAUGACAAAUGAAUGAAGCUGCUGUGUGGUUGUGGCGUAUAGUAAGUGCCUUGAGAUUAUGUCUUCUGAAUGAAUAUUCUUUCUUUUCUAUUUUGCAGGAAAGUUUGGAAAAUGUUCUUUUUUACCACAAUUUUGCUCUUUGGUAAGAAAAUUUAUAGUUUUCAUGAUCAACUGAGAAAAUUUCCUCUUUGUUCGCUUGCUUCCUCUCUCAAUAUGAUUGUCUCUCACUUUGUGGACCACUAAUCACUCUACAAUUUUGUAUUUCUAAUGGGUUGAGGGAGCAUCUAAUUCUUUUUGUCAUACUUUGUGUAGGCUUAGCAUCAGCCCAGAAAAUCAUUCAGUUAUCCUACUGCUCUUUGGAUGAACACAACCUCAGGAUGGACUGCAAAUAUGCGCUUCCCGCUGAGUCACCAGAACCGUUCUGCAAGUAUACCCAUGGUGAACGACUCUUUGACACCACGGACCCAGACGAGGAGCAGCAUGCCCCCUUCAGGAAGCGCGCCAAAGCCCGCAUCUUCCCAGGCAAUAUCUGUCGCCUGCUGUUUAAAGGCCUACCCAAUGGCAGGUCCAACUUCACCUGCAACAUCAAAUAUGCUGACUCAGUGAUCGCGACCAAAACCUCAGUGGUGGACAAAAGUAAGCUACAUGUGUUCGAGUCAAGUCUGCAUUACAGCUAUGCAUAUCCUUUUGUUUUACUUGCAAAUGAAAGUGUUUGAUUGACCGCCGAGCUAAAUGCUCCUCCUUCUGAACCUGCAUUAUUGUUCUUAUUGCAGAGCUCCUCCUCCCCUGCUCAGCGUGGAGUGUCCUGUUUCAGAGCUGCAGUGGCCUACUGCUGACCUUGAUGACACUUCCAAUGCUGCUGGAAAUUCACUGGCUGUGAACAAGGCAUCAAACUGCUGCAUAUGUUAACGCUGCACCCAUAAUUACCUGGUGACUGCUGUUGGACUCUCUCUUGAAGUUGUGUGUAUGCACAAAGUGCAAUAAGUUAAACCACAUCUACGUACAGUAUAUACCUGAUAUGUCACAGGCCUGCUUACUCUGCAUAUGUCUGCACUCAAUACUAAGCACAUGUACUUAUGCAUAGCCUUUAUACUCUACAAUACUCUCACAAAGAAACAGCUGUUCAGCUGUACAGCAGAAAUCUGUAUGAUCCGAGUUUGUUUCUGGCAGAUCUGCCAAAGAGAGUGAUGAGUGAAAAACAUGAAUCUGACUUACAGGUACUCUGAGUGGAGAUGUAUAUUUUGUUUGGUUCAAUAUCUACAAUCAGUAGUUUUUGUGACUGUAUCCAAAUAUCUUGAAAACAAGAUAUGCAGGUGAACUAACAAUAAGGAUGGUAGAUGAAUUACAUUAUAUAGAGGGAUAAAGGCUGCUGCUCCUGAGCCAUCUGGUGAUUUAAAUUAUCCCUGCUCAAAAGUGAUGUAAAGUUUUACACUGCAAUGUGACAUUAAUGCUGAGUUUCAUCACUCUUUAAAGAAGGCAAUCUAUUUUGCCUGACUGAAAUGCGUCCCCCGUGUCUCUUCUUGGCUGCCAAAUGAAGAGGGCAGAUAGAGGAGACCUUGUGCCUCACAGGCCCUCCAGUGGAAGAUUGUGUUGUACCUGUCGAUAAGAACUGGGAAGGGCAUCAGCGAUAGUUUUGGCAGGGAUUCACUGAAUGAAAUGGAGAGAAACUAAAACUUUCAAACAGGUUUUGACCAAUGUAUGCAUGAGCAAUAAUGUCUGUAUUUUACUUUAGUCUAUUGUGAGGGGACAAUGUACAAUGUCCCUAAACUCUUAUGACGAAGGAAACCAAAAGUUUUUUAUUUGCCUUUCACUUGUGCCUGAGACACAUGAUCCAUGUCGAGCUGAAGCUUGUUGUCACAAAAACACAGUAAGCCUCUGAAUGUUAAAGUUUAUGUAGAUUCACACUAAAGGUUUUGUUAAAAGAUUUACACAAAAUAUGCUUUAUAUGGUACGCUGAUCUCUCUGGUCAUUAUGUAAAGAAUUUUUACUCACAUAUGUAGUUGAGUAGGUGGUAUGUAGCCAAAGCACAAUCAUUUAAUUGCACUGAAGAGCACUGCUGUACUAUGUACUGUAUUAUGACAAUAAACAAAACUGAAACUUAUGAUAUUAAUAAAAACAAUCCUCAAUACAUGGAACUUUCUGCCAAAAUCAAAUCAAAUGUGUUUAUGCAUGACCAUUUGCAUGCAGUUGCACUGUUACUGGUAUGAAAAGUACUGAAGGUGCAGUGAUUGCCCUGCAGAGGGCAGCACUGCAUCAACCAGAUUGUACCUGAAAGUGUGACAAAAAUGACGAUAACGAUAGAAAGGUCUAUAGUCAUGGGGAAGCGGAAAAAACACAAAGGGAGUGUCUUGUGUGAGUAGGUUUUGUACAGGAUUUAUGUAUGAAAAUUAGUAAUACUCAGCCUUUUAUAACUUGUAUGCCACAACAUGUAUUUUCACAAAUGAAUUAAAAAGAGAAUAUAAAUAUACUAAAUCUUGC